UAUGAAAGUACGAACAUUUGUAUAAGAAUGUUAAGAUAUUAAGUGACAGUAAAGCCUAUGAGGUCUUCUGGAAAGCGCGCUUAUACAAAAAUCGAACGGCGAUAGAAAAAUCAAAAUAUAAGUAAAGCGGAAGAGGAAAUUUAAAAGCAAAUAUAAAAGAUGGAUUGCGGCGGAGUAUUUGUGAAAUAUGUGCUUUUCUUAUUCAACAUACUCUUUGUAGUAUGUGGCAUCUUGCUUAUUGUCUUCGGUUCCAUAUUAGUGUCGCAUAUACAGCAAGUGGGAAGCUUGGCGCAAACAUUUGAGGCCAAUAGCAUUCCAAUUGCCAUACUUGUGCUGGGAUGUGUGAUUUUUAUUAUCUCAUUCUUGGGAUGUUGUGGAGCAAUACGCGAGGAAACAUGUUGCACAUUGACGUACUCAGUCUUUAUGCUAGUACUCUUCCUGGCUCAGGUCGCUUUAAUUGUGCUUGUGUGGACGCAGCAUACCAAGUUCCUCAAUUAUAUGAACCAAAUUGUGGCUACGAUAUGGAAGCAACACACAACAGAUCCGAAAGUAAUGGACGCCUUGCAAUUGACGUUCGAUUGCUGUGGCCAAAAUGGUUCAACCGAUUAUACUUUCAAUCUGGAGUCGAUUCCAAAUUCAUGCUGCGGUGCAAAUGCCAUUUCUUGUAACAUGGUGGAAGCAAUGAAAAAACCGGGCUGUGCGCAAGCAUUCACUUCCUUCUGGGAUAAAAGCUUAAAUAUAGUGCGUUAUGCUGGACUUGGUGUUGCUGCUGUUGAGUUGGUUGCAUUCAUUUUCGCAUGCUGCCUAGCGAAUCAAGUGCGCAAUGAACGUAGAAGAGCGAACUAUUAAAAUUCAAAAUGGUUGACAAUCAAAGUCUUCAAUUCGCAAUACGAAAUGCUGUCUGCUGUUUGCUACUCAUAACAAUAUCACAAUUCAAAGUUUAAGAAUCGAAUGAUUUUCUUCCAUGUAGUAUGUUUCUUCUUGCAAAACUAGUUUUAUUUAUUAUCACUUGUAAAAUUUCGAUAUCUAACACAACGACCAAAUAAAAAUCAAGAAUUUCCUCGGAAGCGGAUGUUGUACCAGA